CCGGUCGGCCCUCGGGCUGUGGGGGCUUUGUGGAGCGCUGGGGUGCUGGGAACGGGCUGCAGCGUCUCAGGGAGAGCAGGGACGGGACAGGACUGAGCUGCCAUCGCCUUCCCCAGCCCGGGGCUCAUCGCACAGCCCGCUCAGCCCGCGGAUCCGCGGCCGCUCUUUGUGUUUGGAUGAGGGGCGUGUGGAGCCGGUGCUGGGAACGGGCUGCAGCGUUGCAGGGAGAGCAGGGAUGGGGCAGGACUGAGCUGCCAUCGCCUUCCCCAGCCCGGGGCUCAUCGCACAGCCCGCUCAGCUGCAGAAUUCACCCUCCCCAUCCACUGUAUGGCCAUCAGUCUCUCUCGAUCUCUUCAGCACAACGACAGUAGCUGUGAUGGAAAAGCUGAAUCUGAGCCGUUUUUUUUCAACAACUCGCAAGGCACAGCGUUGCCUUCUUGUCCUCCUUCCCUACAAGAAGACUGUGAACAAGCCCUGUGUCCCCAGGAUGCACCCGGAGAUUCCACCUCCCUGGGGCGUUUUCCUCCUCCAGAUAAGUUCUGGGAGCUCCAUGCAGUGUGUGCCCUGGUGCUGGCUGUGCUCCUGGCUCUGAUCCUGGCUCUGUCGGUGGCUCUGGCUGUACAAUCGGCAGGGAGCCGUGCAGCGGGGGCAGCUCUGCCUGCGGCCCCGGGGCUGGGCUGUGCCUAUGACUGGGUCGGGUACCGGAACAUGUGCUACUACGUCUCGGUGGAGAAGGGCAACUGGGAGUGGAGUCAGCUACAGUGCUGGAAGCGCAGGGCCUGGCUGGCCAUGCUGCAGGAGGAGUGGGAAAUGGAGUUUCUGCAGCGCCUCAAAGGUGAUUUGGAUUGCUGGGUGGGUGUGAGGAGAUGGGAUAAGCACCUGGAGAGAGUGGAUGGCAGCAACUUCACCUUCAGGGUCUCAGUUCAGGGAGAAGAACACUGUCUGAUUCUGAUCAAUGGGCACCUCAGGGGUUCCAGUUGCUUACAGAAAUACCAGUACAUUUGCAGCAAACCCCAAGCUAUGAGAGGAACCACUGAACAGAAGAGAAGACCUCCAGGCUGGGCACCCAGAGCUUCAGCCCUUGCCCAGCUCAGAGCAGUGUAGAGAUGUCUUACCCACUACUCUUGCUCUUGGCCACCUCCCACUGCCAGGUCUGGGGGAGAUGAGCUGGUGGGAAGGGGAGCUGAUGUGGAAGCUGACAAGUGCCUGAAUGGGAGCUCAGGCCUGGAGGAGGAUUCUUCCCCAUGAGCCCAGGAUGCUGAUUUCACUGUUUUUGCACUGAUGCAGCUCCUGACACCGUGAGAAGCCUCUGACUGUUGGCUGCUGCACUGUGGAUGGAGCCUUGUCCCUUUUCUGUUACACUUGUUUACAAUUUUCCUUUU